UGAGGUCCAGGCCAGAGAGGGAGGUGCAGGGGCCAUAGGGAGGGACAGUGUCAGAGCCACAUGGGGAGAGCAGAUCCCGGGAAUUAGUGUACAGAAAGGCAGAAGGAGACGCAGGUGCCACCAGUGUGCAGAAGACAGAUCUGGAGACCCCAUCCCGGGCGGGAGGAGCUGCAGGGCAUGGAGCCCCCUUCAGCACACCUGGCCUCCUUGGCCAAGAAUAAGGAGCUGCAGCCCUGGGGGAGCCAGGGAUGCUCGGCCUGGCACCCCGAGAGGAGGGCAGGAGCAGAGGCCACUGAGUCUGGGGCACAGGAAAAGGCACAGGGGAAGGCACGGGAGCAGUGGGGGGACCCCCUGCAGUUCAUCUUCACCUGCAUCUCUUACUCCGUGGGCCUGGGCAAUGUGUGGCGCUUCCCCUACCUGUGCCAGAUGUACGGCGGCGGUAGCUUCCUGGUCCCCUACCUCAUCAUGCUUGUUGUGGAGGGAAUGCCACUCUUGUACCUGGAGCUGGCGGUGGGGCAGCGCAUGCGGCAGGGCAGCAUCGGUGCCUGGAGAGCCAUCAGCCCCUACCUCGGAGGUGUUGGUAUGGCCAGCAUAGUGGUGUCCUUCUUCCUGUCCCUGUACUACAACGUGGUCAACACCUGGAGCCUCUGGUACUUCUUCCACUCCUUCCAGGACCCCCUGCCAUGGUCCAUCUGCCCCCUGAAUGGAAACCUUACAGGCUACGUGGAGGAGUGUGAGAAGGCCUCGUCCACACAAUACUUCUGGUACCGGAAGACCCUCAACAUCUCACCGUCCAUCCAGGACAGCGGGGCCGUGCAGUGGGAGCCGGCGCUGUGCCUCAUCCUGGCCUGGAUGGUGGUGUUCCUGUGCACGCUGCGGGGCGCUGAGACAACGGGCAAGGUGGCCUAUUUCACUGCACUGCUGCCCUACUGUGUGCUCAUCAUCUACCUGGUCAGAGGCCUCACCCUCCAUGGAGCCACCAAUGGCCUGAUGUACAUGUUCACUCCCAAGGUCGAGCAGCUGGCCAACCCCAAGACCUGGAUCAAUGCAGCCACACAGAUCUUCUUCUCUCUUGGCCUGGGCUUUGGCAGCCUGAUCGCUUUUGCCAGCUACAACGAGCCUUCCAACAACUGCCAGAAGCACACCAUCAUCGUGUCCCUCGUUAACAGUGCCAGCUCCAUAUUCGCCAGCGUGGUAACCUUCUCCAUCUAUGGCUUCAAGGCCACCUUCAACUAUGAAAACUGCUUGAAUAAGGUGAUUCUGCUGCUGAUCAAUUCUUUUGACCUUGAAGAUGGCACUGUGACAGCCAGCAACCUGGAACAGGUAAAAGACUACCUGGCUUCCACCUACCCGAGCAAGUAUAGCGAGGUCCUCCCACAUAUGCAAAACUGCAGCUUGGAAUCGGAGCUGGACACGGCUGUCCAGGGCACGGGCCUGGCCUUCAUCGUCUACACCGAGGCCAUUAAGAACAUGGAGGUGCCGCAGCUGUGGUCGGUGCUCUACUUCGCCAUGCUGCUGACGCUGGGUGUGGGGAGCAUGCUGGGCAACACGAUGGGCAUCCUCACGCCUCUGACUGACAGCAAGGUCAUUUCCAGCUACCUGCCCAAGGAGGCCAUCUCAGGUCUGCUGUGCUUCGUCAACUGUGCCAUCGGCCUGCUGUUCACCAUGGAGGCUGGGAGCUACUGGUUCGACAUCUUCAAUGACUAUGCGGCCACGCUGUCCCUGCUGCUCAUCGUGCUGGUGGAGACAGUCGCCGUGUGUUACGUGUACGGGCUGAGGAGAUUCGGAGCCGAGCUCAAGGCCAUGACCGGCUGUGCCCUCAACUGGUACUGGAAGACCAUGUGGGCGUUCGUGAGCCCGCUGCUCAUCGUGGGCCUCUUCUUCUUCUACCUGACUGACUACAUCCUCUCGGGGACCCCGCAAUACCAAGCCUGGGAUGCCACCCAGGGCCAGCUGGUGACCAAGGACUACCCCACCUAUUCCCUGGCAUUCAUCGGCCUGCUCAUAGGCUCCUCCAUCAUGUGCAUCCCCCUGGCGGCCCUGGGGACUUUUGUCAUGCACCGCCUCAGGAAAGGAGACAGGACCUCCACAGCCUGAGGGCUAGACUUCCAGAGCCUGCGCACUUUUGGAUGAAACAAAGACCUAAAGGGGAAAGCCAAGCCAUGUGCAUAGGUGGCCCUUGGGAGGACACCGCACGGUCAUGAGGGGUAGCACACACGUGUGAGUAAAGCACCCAGAGCGGGUCUGCGUGAUUCACCCACAAGAAAGGAGACACUACCAGCAGGGAGGCGCUAGCUGUGCUACAAAUAACCAACGAAGACUGAGUCUCCAGAACAUAAAGAAUUUCAGCAAGCCAGGGAGGACACGGGUCCUAAUGGGCAGGCAGGCAACAGCCAGAAACGAUGAGAAGACGCUUCACCUGGCGUGUGGUCAGAGAAGCUCCAGAAUGCACGCUGCUGGAUUACAGAAGUCAGAAGUCACCAAUUCAGGGCACUGGUGAGAUCGCAGAACUGGCAGGACACAGGACGCAUCCAACUGGGGGACUGCUACCUGGUAGGUUUUAGGCUUAGCGCACAAUGGAGAAGCACUUCACGAGCCCAGAGACAAGCACGAUGUCCUCCGCGAGACCAGCAUGGCAGCAAGCGCUGAGUGAAACCACAAGGCUCACCGUCACACUAGACAAAAAUCGAGCUGACAGGGCCAUCAAUAAAUCUGACGCGCAGCUGACAACCCAGAAUUACCACAUUCAUUCUGUACAAAUGCUGGUUAGCAGGCUGCUGACCCAGCCUUCCACGGAGGAAGGCUGUUGUCUCAGAGACAGCACUGGGGCUGAGAGUGGGCCGUAGGACACACACAAUCCCUGCUUCACAGCCUUCAGAACAAGUCAUCAGACUGGACAAUCGCUUAUUAUGGGUACAGUCUAUGGACUAAAUUGGAGGAAAUGCUAGAAAGAUGGCUGGGUGGUGAAGCUAGGGCGAGCUCUCUCAGAAGGCAGCCAGGAGUCGCGCCCUGAUGCGGUGGGAAGGCCUCUGCGCCACAGCUGCAGGAAACCCAUGCUCCUUGGUCCUGGGGAGGAGCCAAAGUCUGCCAAUCAUCAGAGUGACAGAGGCGGACUCUCUCCAGAUGAACCUUGAUCGCAACUUUCUGGAGACACCCAAGCGGGGGACCGCGCUGAAGCAGGCCCAAACCCUGGGGCACAAGAAUCGUGGGAUAAUGACCACCACGCGGGCUGCUGCCAGCCACCAAGUGCUGGGGUCACCCAUCCCGCAGUGCUAGGCAACCACCACUGCUGCCUCACAGCUGCUUCAUAUCCUAUUCUUUUCUCUGUCACUCAAAAGUGACUAAAAAAUACACAGAAUUUAAGUGACCAUAACUGGGAAAGAGUAUCCAGAACCUGUGAGUUUGUUUACUUAUGUUACCUGGCUUUUUCUACAACCACCACACACUGCUUUAAGAAAAAAAAAAACACAACAUCUUUCAAGAAAAAGUACAGCAUAAAAAUACCACAGUUCAAAAAGAAUAUGACAUUUUAUUUUCACUUAGGGAGGUACAGUACAUGAAUUAAAUAGAAUCAUGAGAGUUCCCAAAUAUUGCCAGCUCUGCCCUCACACACCGAGAUCAGCCCGCCCCUUCCCAGCAGGCAGCAGUGCAGAGCUGGUCUGCCGUGAGUGCUGACGUGAAGUUCUCGCUGGGAAGUCUGGUAGCACUUGGGUAUCAGCCUACAGCAGACAGGAGCUACGUGUGGACAUUCCAUCUUUGGAACGAAUGGUGGCUAUUUACACAGUAAGAAUAGGCGGCCUCCUCACCCACCCUAUUCUGAGUUUAAUGACUGAUUUAAAGCUAUGCAGGGUUUCCCAGAUGUUAUUUCCUUCAGCAUUUCUAAAAGCAACAGCUCUCAUUAAUGUUUACAAAAGAUAAUGCUGAAAAAAAUGUAAUGUUAAAAUAAAGGCGCUUUUAGAAAUAUUUAAGGACAACAUAAGGUAUUACUAUUGGAAAAAAAUUGUACAUAUUUCAAGCCCAACACUGAAAUAGUAUAGCAGUGUUCAAGUUGUUUUAAAAUAGUGGUAAUUAUACUACUUUACAUACUGCUCUAAUAUCUAAACUUCACAAUUACAGUUUAAAUAUACAAUCUGACUUACAACUA